CCUGAUCUCAGUGGAUGAGCAACCGGAGCGAAGUGUGAGCUCUGGAGCAUAUUCCGUGCGUGUACACCUGUAAGCCCUAUUCAUUCAAGGAUCCAGCGUUCAUGUUUGACAGGCAGCAUCGCCGCUGAGAUGCAGUGACGGCAAAGACAGUUUUAAAUCUGUCUUGACGAGAGAAUUUGAGCUUGCAGGAGGAGACAGCGGAGGAGAGGCGGCAUGCAGUAAAGGGGCUGCUGUGCUGCUCCAGUCUACAAUUAAGGGACUGGCACUGAGGACGCGACCCUACCCGAGGAUUGGAUAGCACCCACCAAAUCAGCUAGUUGUCACCCCAACGCUGCUGUUCGCAUGUGGGCAAAACACUCUGUCCUUCCCCAGGAAGAGAACUUGAUGGAUCCCUCUGAUCAUCAUAGCUGACACAUCAAGGCCCUUCACCAUUAUCAUCACUGUUCUCGCUAACACAGCACAACAGGAUUAGACUCUCUGAUAAAAGCGGAUCAUCACUCAUUUCUGGACGAUGAACUAAACUAAACCCCUGGCAUAGAUGGUCACCUCCUCUCAGGGUCUGUAGAGCCUGCAGUGUCUGCUGAUGGGACAAACAUGUGUGUUAGCAAUAAAUACGGAUCUGAAAGAACAAGUAUUGAACAGUCCCCGGGGUGUGUAGACAGCAGCAGAUCAUUGGUAAUGGCAUGACUCAGGUGUGACCCCGGAGAUGCCGAAGAGACGAGACAUCUUAGCCAUUGUGUUGAUUGUGUUGCCCUGGACACUGCUCAUCACUGUUUGGCAUCAAAGUGCCAUCACACCUCUGCUCGCUACUCGAAAAGAUGACAGACGGGAUAGUCUCUCCAACUCCAGGAACACCUUUGCGUUCAAGGAGUCCUGCUCCCUGCAGAACCGGGACAUUGUGGAGGUGGUGCGUACCGAGUAUGUCUACAGCCGGCCCCCGCCCUGGUCUGACGUGCUGCCCACCAUCCACGUCAUCACCCCUACCUACAGCCGGCCAGUGCAAAAGGCAGAGUUGACCCGUCUGGCCAACACCUUCCUCCACGUGCCCAACCUGCACUGGAUCCUGGUGGAGGACUCCCAGAGGAGGACGUCUCUGGUCAGCCAUCUGCUCCAGGACACGGGCCUCAAUUACACCCACCUCAAUGUGGAGACACCCAGGAACUACAAGGUCCGCGGGGACACCAGAGACCCCCGAAUACCACGGGGAACAAUGCAGAGGAACCUGGCCCUGCGGUGGCUCCGGGAGACCUUCUCGGUCAACAACAGCCAACCUGGAAUCGUCUACUUUGCGGACGACGACAACACAUACAGUCUGGAAUUGUUUGAGGAGAUGCGUUCCACCAGAAAGGUGUCAGUGUGGCCUGUAGCCUUUGUGGGCGGCCUUCGGUAUGAGUCCCCUAAAGUGAACACCCAGGGCAAAGUGUACGGCUGGAAAACCGUGUUCGACCCACACCGCCCCUUUGCCAUUGACAUGGCUGGCUUCGCGGUGAACCUGCGCCUCAUUCUCUACAAACCUCAGGCUUAUUUCAAAUUGCGAGGCGUGAAGGGAGGUUAUCAGGAAAGCAGCUUACUGAAGGAGCUGGUCACUCUCAAUGACUUGGAGCCCAAGGCUGCUAACUGCACUAAGAUAUUAGUAUGGCACACACGGACAGAGAAGCCUGUGCUGGUGAAUGAGGGCAAGAAAGGAUUUACAGACUCUAAUGUGGAGAUAUGAAAUACUUCAUCCAAUACAGGAGAGGUAUUCCGCAGUGGGAUUCUCUCUGGAUUCAAAGCAACCUCACAGCUCCAUAAAGCAACGGUCAGAGUCAAUAAUAAUUUUACAGCAGAGUCGCUGGCUUCACCACAGCUUAGAAAUGGAGGCGAACCUGUCUGCCACAAGCAGCUCAAAGCCAUGCGUGAGUACGGGCCAUAGAGUAUCAAAGCACAAGUGCACAGAAGAAGUCCUAUUCCACUAGGAGCACUGACUGAUGUGAGACACUGGUGGGAGUUGCCAAAAGGAGCUUGCCUACUGAGGUCUCUCCAGAGAGCUGAGACAAAGGAUGUUAGGCAAUUUAAAUUGCAGGAAGAGAUGGCACAACGAGCAAUAAAGAGUCCUCUCAGCCCAGACAACACCAGCCAACCAUCCAAUCAGCAUUAAAUAGGGUCCUUUUGUUCUGAGGCGAGCUGGCUGUCUGGGCACAGGGCUGCACAGCAGAAUAAAAGGGGUCCUUGUCUUAAGUGAGUCAGCACCGACUGACAGACUGCACUGAGGGGAGAUGAACCCUCCCCACUUUGACUGUACAACACUGAGCUAUUUAGAUAGCAUCAAAAUCCCAGCACUAAUUAGGAGUCAUGUGACUCCUCAACAAGCGUACACAUAAUGUGCUCAGCUGUCAGUGAGCACACACACACACACACACACAUACACAUGCACUGAGAAAGAGGGAGCAAUGCUUUAUUAGAGCAUAACUGUAAUGCCCCUGCUGCCUCUGCUUUGUUACUUCAUGUGUUUGUUUAUUCAUUAUUUGCUGCAGCACUACUGAGUUCUUUCUGCACUCUCAAGUCGAAGAGAAGAUUCAGGAUUUGUAGAAGCCUAUCCACUCGAUUGUUAAUCAAUCUCCCUCUAUUUUUCCUCGAUCAAAUUGUUCACUGUUCCAUGGGAAUUGGCACCAUCCAGGUUAGUCUGUUAGUUAUACUUAUGUGCAAGUUAAUUAAUGGCGAAAGAAAACCAUUACUCACAAAAUUGCAUGCAGGUCGUUUCAUACGGUUCUAUUAUAUCGUCUUGUUAUUCUUGUUCUGGAUGGCUGGCUUGCGAGUGAUGAUUUCAUACUCCAAUGACCUGCACCAGCAUUGCUUACAAAUGCUGACAUUUUCUCAGAUUCUGGUGUUGAAUAUUUAAAUAAGAGGGAGUUUGAUCAGUUUUCAGCAUGAUAGGCCUCAAAAUUGUAAACAGUUCCUUGAAGAAGCAGGGUUUGAUAUUUCUCUACUGAUGUAUGUUCCCUUUGAAGCCCGUGUCAUUCCGUUCAUAUUGUCCCAUGGACAUGUUUUUUUGUUUGUUUUUUAUAAAAGAUGGGUUGUUUUCAGUGCAAUAAAUGUUAUUCCACACAACCUGCAGUAUACUUACACAAGCAAUACAAAUCUAACAAUGCUAUAUUACAACCAGGCAUCCCCAAAUGAUUACUGUUUAAUUGGCCAUCCAGAGGGAAGAGGGUUUACUUGUGGUUUCUGCUCCAUAUGUAAAGUCCCACUGUAACUACAGGUAUGUACAUAGUCAUAAAGCUUUCCAUGUGAUGAUGUGUCUCUGCCUUUUACUGAAUGAUCGAUGCAGCUGAUGUGUUAACUUCAUGCAGAGCUCUGUGUAUGUACUUAACACCAGAUUGUAUCAAGUCAUGACAUUACAGUUGACCAUGACAUAUUGAUUACCUGCACUGAUAUUCUCACUGAAUGAGAAAAUGAACCCUUUUGUGAUAAAAAGCACUUUGUAACACAGU